UUCCUUUAGGGUCACCGUAAGUCGGAAACAACUUAAAGGCACAUAACAACAGAUUACAUUGUACUUUAUUCUGUUUCAUAAGUAAUAGGUUAGCUAGAUAAUUCUGGUUAGUACCUGGGUAGGAGACUACUUACGUAUUCUAGGCCUAUUCCCACUUAAUCUGUGAGAACAUUGUAUAUAAAUGUCAUUGUUGAGUAAUGGUUGGUGUACUUACUCAGGGACUGAAGAAACUCCCAACUCAGACACACCACUCUUUUUGUAUGAUACUAGGUUAGUCAUAACCUCUCAAUCUAAUCUUCUAUAGACUUUUUCUAAGGAUAAAAUGGGAGAUGGGUGGCAAAGGAGAAUACAGCUUUGUACUCUAAAGCAGGAAGACAGCAUGAAUAUAAUAAAUGUUGCAUUGUGUUCUGAGUUGGAAAAUAGGUGGGUUAUAAAUACAAUUCAUAAAUUAACCAGAUUUUUUUUUAGUCCCUUCUGACUGAUUUUGCAAAUAUAUGUUGGACUGUAGCCAUUCAUUCAUUUAAAUGAAUUACGUGUCAUCCAUUCAUUUGAAUGGGUCUUGCAUAAGGAUUAUGAAACAGCCUAUAAAAAGAGUGGAUGAUAUAUUAACUUGAUAACCACACGUCACUUACCACAAGAGGCAAGAUACUUCUUCUCUUAUCACGCUAGCAACAUGUUUGACAUGUUCUGAAAGGAGAGUGCUUGCAUUAAUAAUGAAAUACAGCUAGCAUGCUGUCGCAUUUCUCUUCAUUCCUUCGGUUUUGUGGAGUUUUCCUCUUUACCUUUGAUUUAGUGUUACGUUUCACAAGUACUAACGGUGAAGCACCCUCAUUUUGUAUAGGAGGAAAGAUGAAAAAUCCCUUCGCACACCCUGAUUCGCUCUGUUAAACCUAUCUUUUGUCUGGUUUCUCAUCUGUGUUUGUUGUUGGAUAAUCUUAUCUGAGCAGUUGACAGUUCAGAGUUGUUUUCUUAUGUACUAGAUUUGCUCCAGGCUCCUUCAGGACUGGAGUUUACAGUUGUCUAAAUGAACUUUGGCUGCUGGGUUGUUGUUUUUUUACUUCUUCUAUAAACCAAUUUGCUAGAAAAUUUGCAGUUGAAAUUCUGCCCUGUAAUUGUGUAAUUGGUUUCUUUGUAAAAGGAGGACUUCUUGACUCUGCAGCGGCUUUCCUUCUCCUUUACACAUUGUACCUUUUCCUGGUUAAUGAGGGGGAGAGAGUUAUGUUUAAGACAUACUCCGCUUGCAUUACUAUUCAAAUUAAGUGCAAACAGGCACAUGCAGGAAAUGAGUAAAUGCUCAAGCAUGUUUAGUGUCAGGGCAGAGAUGGUUUAGUUCCAGUAUUGGGCAAUUAUGGUAAUUUGAGUCCUAUAAUUCUAACAGAAAACUUGAUUUAACAAGGACUUCGGAGAGCUGAGAACACUGAAGCUGGUUACAUUCCCUUUAUUUAAUCUACUCUGUGCGGAUUGCUUUGACGUAGAUGUUGUGGAUGAGCCAUGCUCUGGACAUUGUGCUGAUAUUGCUAAGGGUGCCCUUGUUCAUUCAGUGCUGAGAGGUUACAGUGCCUUAAUAUUUUCCUGAUGUCCAAAUACAGACCGUUACAACAGUAAAAGAUGUGGCACCUCCUGCAGCGGUUCGACACAUUUGUCUGGGAUUCCCUUGCCUUCCGGAUUCUCCUCCAUCCCCACCUCAUGGAUAAUGUGCAAUGGUUAGAUGUUGGGAGGCAUGUAGCCCACUCUUGCACUUUGCCAUUCUUUUGGUAAUGCUCUUGUCAGUAGCUGAACUGCAAGGCACCUCUGCUUCUGUUGUUUCUCACAGCCUGCACCAAAGACCAUUAAAGGCUAGUAGUCUUUUCUCAUUAAAACAAAAAGCAUUGCACACUGAUCUGCUAUAGCACUACAUUUCUGUGGGCAGCAGGACUACUGCCACUGUCUAAACUUCUUUAAGUCAGAAAAGGGAAUGGUGCAAAGGUGGCAACACGGUUAGUAUAGCAUUUCCCCCCACCAGUAAGGAUGUGCUGUAGUAUGGCAGCUGUCUGUCCAUCCCCCAUUUUCAUGUUGAUUUCAAUUGGAACAGGGAAAGUCAUAAAUAUGGCAUCUUCCAGCGCCUAGUGGGCAGCAUGACCCCCACGUCUGUGCUGCACUUUCCAGCGUUUCCAUGUUUUGCUGUGGUUGGGGAUGAAAGAAUAGAACAUGCAGACUGAACAAUGGGUGGACCUCAAAUAUGUACUUGCUUUCUUGCAGGUACCUUAUUCAUUUCAUUGGGUAAUUUGUUUUAUUCCCAAGUAAGCCUGGUAUUUUACUCUCUGAGCUCAAGCUUCUUACCCUCAGCUCUUUUUGACCAACUGAAUUAAAUUUAAUUUUGGCCAGGAAAGUUGAUAUAAUUAUACUGAUUCCCUGUAUAUGGAAGUGUGCAUUGAAAGUUUUAAUUUUAUGCUGAGUUAAAAGAAAUAAAAGAAAUAAAUAAGUGAGCAGCAAAACAAACAUGCUGAUCUGGAUGCAUCUUUCGAGUAUUAAGACAGCUCUUGUCUGGUGUGUUUGUGUGUGGCAUAUUCAUACACACUGCUGAAAGGUCAACUGAAAUUAAUUUUUAAGGUGUUGUGGGCCUUUACAAUGUCCAGCACAAAUGCCAUUUUUAAAAACAAAAACAAGAGUUCUUUAUGCUUUAUUGUUGAAGCUGAGUAGAUCAGCCAAGCAGAAAAGAGGAAGAUACCACUGCAAGGAAAAAGUUAUCCUCUCAUUAACCAGAUUUAUUAAAAACAAGACAGAUAUUCAUGAAAACUGUAGUUCUUACUUGUAGCAUUCAUAAAUUCAGUCUGCUGGGCGCUGACUCCUUGUAAUAUAUGUAAUAUAGGAGAGCUUGCACUCUAAUGGCUAGAGAAGGUUGUUGAAUGUUCUUAAACAUAAGAAGAACUCUCCUGCAUCUGACCAGAGACUUCUGAUACUGGAGGUAAUACACUGUGCCUUUGGUAUCCUCUGGAGUUUGGUUUCAUAACCCUCUGUAGAUACCAAAAUUUGUGGAUGCCCAAGUCCCAUUAUAUAUAAUGGCAUAGUUAAAUCACAUCCCUUAUUUUAAAUGGCAAAAUCGGGAUUUGACUAGAGUGAGGUGCAUCCAAGCCAGCAUGUUUUAUAUCAUUCCAAAAAGAGGGAUAAGAUUUUGGAAGGAGUAAGGUCAUAGCAACUGUGUGUGUGUAGUGUGUGUGUGUGACUGGGAAGUGUCAUAAUGUUUGGCUAUUGAAAAAUAAAGAAAGCCUGUUCCUGCUUAGCAACUGUUAGGAACCUUACUUUAGACAAAGCACUGGAAAACAUGAGGUGCAAACACUGUUCCAUUUCUUCCAUUGAAGUGGUUCCCUUUUCCUUUGAAUAGGAAAAGGACCAUUGUGUAUCGUCCUUGUCUUGAAGGUGAAUUCUCUUCUCUUCCUACUGUUUAUCAAAGAGAUGUUUCUUCCCCUCAUUCUCUCUUUUGUUUCACAGAGAUGAACAAUGACCAUAGUUGACAAGACAUCUGAGUCCUCAAAGCCUUCGGCUUCUGAGAAGCAGCCUUUCAGCUCCGUGGCACCAGCUUCCGGAGAUAUGGACUCAGGCUCUGCAGGAUGGGGUGCUCUGUCUUCUUCUUUGGAAGCUCCAAAACACAAAAUCUCUUUGGGACCGGUGCCAGGAGCUGCUGUGUAUUCAAACUCCUCUGUACCCGAUAAAUCUAAGCCCUCAGCCCAGAAAGAUCUGUCUAGCGGUGAUGGCAUUGCAGCGCCCCAGAAGGUCCUUUUUCCAGCAGAGAAGAUCAGCUUAAAAUGGCAAAAAAUGCACAGAGUUGGAGCUGGUCUCCAAAACCUGGGCAAUACGUGCUUCCUGAACUCUGCUUUGCAGUGUCUGACCUACACCCCUCCUCUUGCCAACUAUAUGCUUUCUCAUGAACACUCAAAAACCUGUCAUGAGCAAGGAUUUUGCAUGAUGUGCACCAUGCAGGGUCACAUCACCCAGGCCCUUUCGAAUUCUGGCACCGUCAUCAAGCCAAUGCCUGUCAUAAAUGAUCUUAGACGAAUAGCAAAACAUUUCCGUUUCGGCAAUCAGGAAGAUGCACAUGAAUUCCUACGGUACACUGUUGAUGCUAUGCAGAAAGCAUGUUUGAAUGGUAGCAACAAAUUGGACAGACACACUCAGGCCACCACAUUCAUUCACCAAAUAUUUGGAGGAUAUCUGAGAUCUAGAGUAAAAUGCAUGAACUGCAAAGGAGUUUCAGAUACAUAUGAUCCGUAUUUGGAUAUUACACUAGAGAUAAAGUCAGCUCAAAGUGUUAAUAAAGCUUUGGAGCAGUUUGUCAAGCCAGAACAACUCGAUGGUGAAAAUGCCUAUAAAUGUAGCAAGGUAAAAAAAAUGGUUCCUGCAUCAAAGCGGUUUACAGUACAUCGGGCCUCAAAUGUCCUCACCUUGUCCCUGAAGCGGUUUGCAAAUUUCAGUGGUGGCAAAAUUACAAAGGAGGUAAAAUAUCCUGAGUAUUUGGAUAUCCGACCGUAUAUGUCCCUGCCAAAUGGAGAGCCAAUUAUCUAUGCGUUGUAUGCAGUUCUGGUCCACACUGGUUUCAGCUGCCAUGCAGGACAUUACUACUGUUACAUUAAAGCCAGCAAUGGGCAGUGGUAUCAGAUGAAUGAUUCCACGGUCUCAAACAGUGACAUCAGAACGGUAUUGAAUCAGCAGGCGUAUGUGCUUUUUUAUAUCAGGUCCCAUGACAUGAAAAAUGGCGGUGAACACAUUCAUUCUGCUCACACUCCAGGGCAAUCUUCUCCCCGGCCGGUCAUUAAUCAGCGGGUAGUCAAUAAUAAACAGACUGCCUCAGGAUUUAUUGGACCACAGCUCCCUCCCCACAUGAUUAAGAAUUCAAAUCAUUUGAAUGGAACUGGAUCUCUAAAAGAGACUGCCAGCAGUUCCGCUGCAAUUGCUAGCAAUGCCACCCUGACCAGGCCAUCUUCUGCUCCACCUGCCACAUCCAUCCCAAACUGGACAAUGAACAGGCCUGCCACUGCUACAAUGCCUGACCCUUCUAAAAAGCAAAAAAUAACCAUCAGUAUUCACAAUAACAAGCUGCCUGGUCGCCAAAGUGUCUCUCAUGCCAGCUGUACCUUGGAUAACCUCAACAAACCAGCCCCAUCCUCAACCAUUUCCAAUCCUUCUGCAGUGCAAUCUACCUCAAGUGCAUCAACAGUAUUGGCUGCUAACCAAGUCCCCAAACAGACAGCUCCCAGUGAAUCCUGUUCCAAGCUGGUAGUGAAUGGCAAGCCCAAACUCAGCCCAAGUAUGUUGGUCCCUUAUGGGGCUGAAUCUUCAGAAGACUCCGAUGAGGAAUUAAAAGGACUGGUAAAGGAGAAUGGCCACUCCAAAUCUUUCAAUGGCAUUUUAAUUGAAAAUGCAGCCGCUACAUUGGAGAACUCCUGUCCGUCUUUUCACAACGCUGAAAAGGAGGUAUCGCAGCAUGAGCCAUCCAAAAAUAUCACAGUCGUCCUUUCCAUUAGUCUAAAUGAUGCCCCUAAACAAAAUGGACAGAUAUGCAAUGAUUCCACUUGCCAAGCAAAGCCUGCGAAAUUGGCAGAAAACCCAUUUUCCAAAGCAAAUGGAUUGCCUGGAAAAGGUGUUCCUACAACUUUGUCCCCAGUUCCUGAAGAUAGAAUCUUAGACUCUUUCAGAUACAAUCACCUGAAACCCUUUUCAGAAGACAUCAGUGCUAGUGGAACGGAAAAACCUUUGGAAGUGGAUGGCUCUUCUGAAGAGGUCCCCAGUACCCUCACUAAUGACAUCCAGAAUCUGUUAACCCCUUCAGAUCCUGAAAUCACUUCUACCACAGAAGACCCGUGUGAAAGGGUUCACCCCAAAACAGACACUGUGCCUCUUGAGAGUGUUGGACAGCAUAACUUUAAAUCCAGUCCCCAGGGAGCAGCAGAAGAAUCUUCUAGAGAAAGCAAAGUGGAGGUCCACACAGAAAAGAUGAGAGGACCAAAGGAAGGGAAGGUAGCUUGGGAAAAGAGCCCCGAACCUGCCAGAGGAAAUACUGGGGCAGCGGAAAAAAGGGCUCAAAGCCCUCUUUCACAAUCUGACAGUGAAUGUAGUUCUCAAAAGCUUGCCACUCUAAACACGGCAGAGAAAUGCCAGGAAACGCAGGACAAUGUAAAAAUGUAUGAUGAUGCCUCACCUACUGACGACUCUUCCAUUAUGCGGCCAGACGUAGGUGGGGAGAGUCUGUGCUCUAAGGACAACAACAGACCGGGAGAGAGUAGUGAACAAUUCAAAGGAGACAGUGAGAGGCAAGAAUUGAAACGCCUUUCUCCCUUUAGGGAGAAAAUUUGCACCUCCAAAAAAACCGACAAGGAGCACUAUCGUUCAAAAAGAAAGCACUCGGAAAGUGAGGAGGAGGCAGAGGAUGCAGCGGGGGUGGCAGCACCCACCCGGAGCCAAACGGAGGGGCAUCACAGCAAGAAAAGAUGCUCCCACAGCAAGGAGAGAGCAAGGCCACCAGAGCAUUAUCGGCGCGAAUAUUCUAAUACGAACUAUUACAGAUUCCCAUGUAGUCCAGAUCCUGGGAGGAGUUUGGGGAAAUACCCACCUUACAGAUCACACAGCCGAGGGAAAACGGACUCUGAAAGGAACAGACAUUGUUACGGGAAAGGAGAACGGUCAUGGAGUAGAGAGCGACAUCAGGAUAUCCCCAGGAGAUGGGAAGGUUGCAGAUCUUACAAUUACUAUUAUUCUUCCCAUAUCCCCAGGUAUAAUCAGGAUAAAAAAUUUACUCUUUCUGAGAGAGACUAUAGCAAAUCAAGUCAUGUUUACAGUAGCCCAUAUAAAUAUGAUUAUUAUAAAAGCAGAUGGACUCAUGAGCAGGAAAGGAAAAGGAGAUGCCAGAGCCCUGAGGGGAGCGAGGGCACCCCAGAAAAGAAAUGCCAAAAGGUCUUUCAGAGUGAAUCUCUCAACGAGCAAAGAGGGCGAAAACACAAGAAGUCGAAGAAGAAGAAAAAGUUAAAAGACAAACACAGAGAAAGAGAUUACAGGCAUCGCCAGGAUUCGGACCUAUCUGUGUCCAGCUCCGAGGCUGAGACUCACAAGCAUAAACAUAAGAAAAAGAAGAAGAAAAAGAAGAAGCGUACAAAGAAAUCCGAAGAGUGCGGUGAAAUUUCAGUUCCUCCCCUCCCUAAGCCAACCAGUUUGGAAACCAAGAAUCUCAAAACCUGGGAGAUGAUGACACAAUCUUCUUUGGAGGCUUGUAGGAAGCAUGGCAGGACCCAGCAAGAUGGAGACACUGCUGUUUGCCAGAAAACAAAAAGUAUAGAAGGCUGCAACAGAAAUGGCUCCUGCCCUCCUACAGAUCAUAAUGUAGAUCCAGAGCGUCCGCUGGAAGCCAUUCCUCCACAGCUUGCAGUAUAUUUAUAAACCGAAAAGCGAUUAACUCUAAUUCAUAAUUGGUGCUUCAGAAAUACUGUACAGGAUUUUACCAUGGAAAACCCCCCUUUUUUUAGUUUUUACCUUGAGAACUUUCUUUUUUAAAAUGGUCUGAAAUCCAAAAAUAAACACCGGGGAGGCGAGGGGGGGCGGAGGAUGGAAACUUUCUACAAUUGCUGAACAUCAUAAGAGUUAACUUGUAAAUGUCACAGUUAGAAUUAAUGCCCUGGAACAGAACAUUUCAAAUGCUGCUUAGAUACAGACUCAGGUUGAUUGUGUUACUCAUGCGAUGCUGCGCCAAGUCUACACAUCUGGCGCAGGGAGGAGCAAGGAAACAACAGGAUGAUCGAGCUGCAACGGAUAGUCUCUAUUUAAUUUAAAGAAUUAUUUAAAAAAUGUCACACACAACUAGGAUUUUUGCAAGAGCUUCAUCUGUUCUCUGUGAUGUCUGCUACUAGAAACUCACUUCGGUUAUUUUUAUUUUCCCAUUGGAUUCCAGUCUUGGACUUUGUGAAGCGUCUUGUUCAGACUCUACUUGUUUUUGAAUGUAUCUCAGAACACGUCCGAAGGCCCCCGGCCGCUGCUCUGGAUUGGGCUGUCUCUCUGGGCCCCUGGGAUGUCUGUCCCCAAGGAGCCAUCGCAGGGUGCUCACACAGGGAGGCUUUCUGCCUUAGCCAAGAUCUGUUAGGCUGGUAUAGGGAGGUCACUUGCAGAUGUUUGUCCUCCCCAAAUGUAUUUCCCCACUCUGGUCUCCCUUGCCUUUCUGGCCAGGUUUUCCUUCACCAUCUCUGUAGGGUUUUCUUUUCUGCUAGGUCUUGCCCCCUCUGUGGCCUUCUGCCUUUUCCCCUCCCCGCCAUGUCCUGGCUUCAUUCACAUCCUUUCCCCUCAUUGAGCGUUUGUGCAUCUCCUUUGCCUCUUCUUUUGAUCUCCCCUUCCUUCCUUUCUUGCCUCUCAUAGCUAUCUGCCCUAAACUGCUAUUGCUUGGCCCUUUCAAGCUGUCCUGUCAUUCCCAGGCUUCUUAUGGGCGACGGAUGCAGUGGGUGCUAAGACUUAGAGCCGCCCUGCGUCGGCCCAACAAUGGUCAGAAACAGCUGUCCUCAUCCUUGCGUUGUUUUUAAAACUGUUUUUAUUUUAAUAUUGUGAUGCUUGUCUUGACGGGUCUCAGUUGUCUGGUUCUUGUCCCUUCAAAGUUUCUAGUUUCAGACACAUUCAUACAGUACUGUGAUUUAAUUUUUUUUUAAAAAUGAUGAAAAUGCUAUCAAACUGUGAUACACUUAAUUCACUGGUCCUGCAUCAGGAGACGGAGUGGGGAAAACUGUAUUAAAUACAGGUCAUCUGAAUAAUCUGUCUGGUUUAUACAAGCUGUGUUGUUCAGAGAUGUCUAAAGUUUGAUCUUUGUUUUUUUAAAGAUAAAAGCACUUGCCCCACUUGUAAAUAUGGCAUGUAAAAUUUAUAUAGUAUAUAAAUACAGCAAGUCAAAAAAUGUU